AUGGGAGACCAAGACGAGGAAGCGGAAGGUGUAGAGAAGAUGAGAAUACCUCUGUUAAGGGAUCUAAAUGCGACGGAGGAGGAGGAAGAAGGCGGAGAAAUAAAGAGAAAAGUAUGGAUGGAGACGAAGAUGCUAUGGCGUAUCCUUGGACCAGCUAUAUUCACCAGACUCUCCACUUACUCGAUCCUCGUCAUCACUCAGGCCUUCGCCGGCCACCUCGGCGAGCUUGAACUCGCCGCCAUCUCCAUUGUCAACAACCUCAUCAUCGGCUUCAACUUCAGCCUCCUCCUUGGAAUGGCGAGUGCGUUGGAAACGCUGUGUGGACAAGCGUUUGGAGCAAAGGAGCAUGAGAUGAUGGGAGUGUAUUUGCAGCGAUCUUGGAUUGUUCUGUCGUUAUGUGCAAUCUUGCUCCUCCCUAUGUACAUCUUUGCUUCUCCAAUUCUUAAGUUCUUGGGCCAGCCUGACGACAUCGCAGAGCUGUCCGGUGUUAUCGCCGUUUGGGUCAUUCCUGUCCAUUUUUCAUUUGUCUUCUUUUUCCCUCUCAAUCGAUUCCUCCAAUGCCAGCUCAAGAAUAUGGUGAUUGCAAUUUCUGCUGGAGUGGCACUUGUAGUUCACAUAUUUGUGUGCUUGCUAUUUGUGUACGGUCUUAAACUCGGAGUCAUAGGAACCAUGGCUACUGUUAACGUGGCAUGGUGGCUCUGUGUCUUCCUAUUAUUUAGUUAUGCCACUUGUGGCGGUUGUCCGCUCACUUGGACCGGUUUCUCCAUCGAAGCUUUCACCGGACUAUGGGAUUUUGCUAAGCUCUCUGCCUCCUCCGGAGUCAUGCUUUGCUUGGAGAAUUGGUAUUAUAAGAUUUUAAUUGUGAUGACUGGGAAUCUCAAGGACACAAAAAUUGCCAUCGACUCUUUGUCUAUAUG